AUGUCUCAAAUGUCACAAUCACCGCAAGAGAAGGAUAUGUCAGAUAUGGUUCAGAGAAUGAAAACACGGCUGGCGCUCGCUAAUUUCAAACUAGAACACGGUAUAGGGGAUGUCGAUUUAAGGACGUUGGAAUCGAGCCUUUAUGAACAUAAGUUUGGCACAAAAGAGGGCAGCGACAGCAGCAGCAGGAGUAACACGAAAAUGAACAGUAAUAAUGACAGAGCCUCAUCAACAAUAUCACCACGACUAUCUUCUACGUACCCUGAUAAGAAGAAGCAUAAACUGCUGUCUCAUCAUCGGUUUUAUCCCACAUCGCCCCCUUUACAACAUAAUGACAUGGAUCGUCUGAUAAAGAAAAACGCGUCUAGAUCUUCUCCUGCAACAGCCGCAGUUCCAUUAUCAGAAACAAGAUCGCAGUAUUACUACAGACGAGACUAUUAUCCUUACUCUCAACAGCAACUUCACCCUUUCAUCAACAGUAGUAGACAUUAUUAUAGCAACGUUCACAGCAAUAACAACAACAGUAGCACUAAUAAGGCCAAUAGUAGCACACGAAAAUUAUCAGCAACCCUGUCAUCAGAUGAUGAAGAUGCAGCCCAUCUAUUAGUUUUAAUGCAUCAAAGUCCAACCAUGAGCUCUUGA